AGCAGCAGGCUCACUCUCGUCUCUGUGCUCUAGGGUUCACAAGCCGCCACCCCCCGCCGCCACCGCCACCUCGCCCCGUCGCCCCUCCCCCGGCCGGUCCCCUCCCUCCUCGCGGGCGACCUACUCCGCCGACGCCCCUCCCUCCCCACGGGCAGGCCACUCCGCCGACGCCCCCUCCCUCCUGUCGACCGGUCCCCUCUGGCCCCUCCGACGACCGCCUCCGCCGACGCCCCACCUCCGUUCCCAAUCCCCUCGUCCUGGCCGUGAGGCAUCAAGAGGCGCCGUGCUCGAUCCAAGCGCGGGGCGCGGUUGCACCGGGAGUUCCAGCUCCGUCAAACCAAGCAAGGCCGCCGACCAGCGGCGUCAGUGCCAAGGUGGGCCUCGGACUCUGUACGGUGCCUUCGAACGCUGGGCCUUAUUAUGGGCUUGCGAAGGGCAGGUGGGCCGAAUUGACAGAUCAGGGGCUCAGGGCAACACCGAAAAGUGGAGACGCGGGACGGCGUGGCGCCAAAAGGAACCCUACCGCGCCGUGCGUCCAUCCCCUCCCUCCGCUUCGCUCCCCCUUUCGCCUCUCCUGCCGGCGCGACGCAGAGGCGGUGCCCCCGGCGACCUUCCCGGCCUCCCAGUUGUUUUGUCCGUAGGUAAAACCUGGCACUGCAUCUCACAGUCAGACAGAGGCAGUUUAACAGAAAAGUAUUAGCUUGGCUGCCUCAGCAGUACCUUGUUGGCAGUCCAGAAGAUACUGCAGAAAUCGUUGGUGUAGAACCAGAACCCAAACCGGUGCCACCAGUAACAAAGCUGAAGGAGCCAACGACCACUACUGAUGGCAUUGUGGUGUGAGAACAUGGCGUUGCCGCCCCGUGUUCUUGUUGCUCCCCGCCCUUCUGGUGCCAAUGGCCAAGGGAAUUUUCUAUUACUUCGCCAUCCGAAACAAGAAGAAGAAACACAGUAUCUGUUCACUGAUGGCCAACUUCAUGAAUUCAGUUGGUUUAAGGAGCGUUAUGGUUCUUGGUUCUUGGGUGAUUAUGUCUGUGAAGAUGGUAGUGUUUACUAUUGCACGCUUGUUGACCCCAUCUUCGUUCUUCUACCACUUUUCGAAGCUGCACGUAUGUUGAACGGUAAGGAUCUGGGAAAAUUCAGACAGCUGGAUGAAAUUUUAUACGUUGAGGGUUAUCCUGGAUAUCAGAACCUCAUGAGUAUAGCAGGAAAGCAUAUGGAACUGGUUUGUGAAGUUAAAGAAGUUGCUAAUAUGAAAUUCUUCAGGCUAGAUGAUUCCAAGGUCUUAACUUGGCUGUGCUGUAAGGUAAACAGUAUAAAAGAGGCUAUCUCCAAGUUAGGUAAAAAUUAUGCUGCUCAAGGAGAAAGAGAACUGUUGAAGGAGGCUGUACAAAUAAUUCGCGAAAACCUGAAGGGUGAACCUUGGCUAACGGUACUCUGCAAGAAGUUGCAAUUAGAUAUCAAUGAGAUCAAUGAUAUGGCCAAAACCAAUGACACGUCAUUUUGUGCUGAUAGUUCUCCGGUACCUGCUCCAGCUUGUCCCUCGGAGGGGGGCGUAGGAAAUGGCAGUGCCAAAUCAAGCAAAGGGAGACCUGCAAAGAAACUGAAGCCUGAGGUAGGAUCAAAGAACAUAAAAGACAUGUUCCGAAGGGUGACAAGGAGUGGGAAAUAAUCCCGUACCACCUGAUAUUGUCAUCAACACCUCACAAGGUGCUUGGUAUUCUUGGAGUUUCCGGGUUAUCUCCAAAUUGGAUGUGCUGAGAUGCCAUCGACUAUUGUUGGUUCUCCCGACCCAGAAACCUGCAUUAGUUCUUUUUUGAACCCUGUUGAACUUGUAUUAACUGUAGCAUUAGUAAAUUAGCAUUGUAGGCGUCGAUUCGGUUAAUUGGACUAUGAACCUUACUGUAUUACUGGAAUGUGUUAUUUGUACCCAAUUUGUUAAUCUCAUUGAGCUACUUGCAGAGGCUGUAUGCCUGUAACUGAAUAUCUACAGUUGCUUCAGUAA